AGCUUUGUCUGCUUACUUUUACAUAAAAUUACUGGUUGUUUAAUCCCCAAACUAAUUCAGAGCUGUUUUCUGCUACUUGUGUAACAAGAGUCGCUUCUACUCCCACCCACCGUUUGUUCACUGGGUUUUCUUGAGGUAACAAGAAUUUCGAAAUACAUUGCCGAAGUUAUUAUCUCCCUAGGAUAUAAUUUACAAGUCCCACUUCUUUAAGGCGUUGUGUCUUUCCUAGUUGAUCAAUACGCCCCUUUGCACGUUAGGUGGUGCUUUUUGUUUGGGUUUCCUUGAACCCAGGUUUUGGUUGCUUUAAUCCUGCAAGAUAGAGAUACUUUUCGAUCCAACACUGGCAGUAGGCAGUUCGAACAUAUUCUUUUGUUUCAUAUAAAAAAUCCUUCUUACUCAACGGUUCAUUAUUGAAAGGGAUGGUGCUUGUUCAUGGAAUUAAGUAUGCCUGUGAAAGAUGUAUUCGAGGUCAUCGAGUUACAUCCUGUACUCAUACGGAUCAACCUUUGACCAUGAUAAAACCCAAAGGAAGACCAGCAUCUCAAUGCCAGCAUUGCAGAGAACAACGGAAGUUGAAAUCUUUACAUAUUAGCUGCUCUUGUGACAAGAAAGGAGGAACUCAUGCUUCAAAUUGUUUGAAAAACCCUGCAGGUUGUACUUGUUAUCAUACUCAUAAGUCUAAAAUUGCCGAAAAGUCAAAAAAGAAAGAUAAGGGCAAAGAUUCAGAAAAUGCUAUUAGUCUGACAACUUCUAUCAUGGAAGGAAAGAUUACCAUUGACGACGAAUUCAUCAAAUCCAACAGUGAUUUAUUCGAAUUUUUAAACUCAAAUCAAUUAGACCUUGGUGAUUACAAUAAUAUGAAAUCCUCAGUUCGAGAUUCAGAUGGUGGGAACCACAAAAAUUUUGAUAAAUCAAUGGACUUUCCAUUGUUCCCAUUGAUUGGUACUCAAUCUUUUGAUAACGAAAACAUGCCUUUGUCAUCGCUACCUUCUGAUCAACCUACGUCGUCAAUGGGUAAUUCAAACCAAACCUCAUCGGUUAAUAACAGUUCUUCCCAUUCAUCAAACCAGUCAACAAGUAGCCCUACUCCAGCCCAAAGUAGUAUGUCCAUUAACAAUAAUGAUGGAUAUAUCAUCAAUAAUGCCGCUGCUUCAGAAAUGGGCUCAACCAAUGGCAAUGGCAUUACAACAACACAUCUGAAUUCGAAUCCAAAUUUUCAGGUUGUUUCAUCUAUUGCAAGGUCUCAUUCAUUUAAGAAUAGGCCAUCAUCUGUAUUAUCCGUGAAUUCGGGCUCAUCAUUUACCGACUCGAAAUUCGAUGCUUAUCCUCCAUCAGGAAAUGUUUCCAACAUAAACUCUUCUUCAAACCUUAAUAUUGCUCCACAUAGUCCUCAAAAUGCGGACGUGAAUGUUAACAAUAAUCACAACAGCAAUGUGAUCAUGAAUCCAGUUCCUACAAGUAAAAAUUUUCCCUUUGGUAACAUUUUGGAAUCAAACGAGCUCUAUAUUCUGGAUGAAGAUUUGGAACAUUUCUUGAAUGAUUAUGAUAAUAAUCAGUAAAUGUUACAUAAUGAUUAAAGAUUAUUUAUUCAUAAUUAACACAUUAAACUUAAAAAGAAAACCACAUGUUUGUCAUAUUUUUAAGUUCUCAAGCCUAUUGACAUUUGAGUCCAUGUCAAGGGUUUGAGUCGAUACUUUAGAACUCUUUCUUGGAAUCUCGUUAUUCAAGUAAAUCAAAAGUUUCUCAUCAGUUAUCUCAAUUAAUGACUUCGAUUCAACUUGUUCUAGAAUUGUUAAUCUUAGAAUGUACUCUAAUAGAGACAAGGAUUUAGAAGUUUCUUGUUUAGCAGUCUCACCUUUUUCUAUUUCGUCUUCAGAAUCGUCACUCUCAUUAUUAUCACUUUCACUAUCAACGUCUUCAUAUAUUCCAAAAGCGAUAUAUUCAUCGUCUAAUUUUAGAAUCAAUACAGCAGAAUCAUUGUUGUCUAAUCUCAAUAGCUUACCUGAUCUACU